UUGUUGCAUGUUUCACUGAAUCAUGUGAGUAUCAAAAGAAAAAGAGAAGCUUUCUUCAAGUUGUAUGUAUAUAUAUCUAUAUAUACAUAGCACUCACAUGUUGAUGAGACACUAGUAUAAGGGAGACAAGAAGAAAGGUAGAGAAAAAGAGAGAAGCUGGUGUGCUAUGAUGGGGAGACCUCCAUGCUGUGAUAAGGUUGGGAUAAAAAAAGGUCCUUGGACACCAGAAGAAGACAUCAUCCUAGUAUCAUACAUCCAACAACAUGGCCCUGGGAACUGGAGAUUAGUUCCUAUCAACACUGGUCUAAUGCGGUGCAGCAAGAGUUGUAGACUAAGAUGGACAAACUACCUCAGACCGGGGAUAAAGCGGGGCAACUUCACUUAUACUGAAGAAGCCAUAAUUGUGCAUCUCCAAUCUUUGCUAGGCAAUAGAUGGGCAGCCAUAGCUUCUUAUCUUCCACAAAGAACAGAUAAUGACAUAAAAAAUUACUGGAACACACACCUGAAGAAAAAGUUGAGGAGGUUCCAGGCAUCAGUGGAUUGUUACAUGAAUUCCACAUCAUCUGGUUCUAGUUCUACAACAAGCCAUGAACUUCUAUCCGGUGGAUAUCAAAAUCCCAGGCAUCACCAAAUCCCUUCCGCCUAUGCAUCAAGCACAGAGAACAUAUCAAGGCUUUUGCAAGGAUGGGUGAUGAAGUCCAAAAUAACACAAGAAGAUGAAGUUCAAAGCAUCAUCACGAGUGAUAGCUACAAAGCAUCGUCAUCAUCUUUUGCUCCACCAGUACUUUCAAAUGAAGAACUUGAAUCACUGAUCCCUUUGGGGAAUGGUAGCAGUAGCAGCAGUAAUAAUAACAAUAUUAACAAUGAUAAUAAUAACAAUAAUAACAAUGGAGGUUGCAUUGGUGCAUGGGAGAAGUCUCAAUGCACAGUGGACAACCAGAACCCUCCACUGUUCAUGCUGGAAAAGUGGCUCCUGGAUGAGAGUGGUGUGCCUGCAGAUGCAGCACCACUCUUCUAGUGUACCAGCUUUACUGUUGCUGUUGUUACUUAAGAAUUCAUCUAAGGGUGGUAAUAAAGAGAUUAAGGUGUGGGAAUUUGUUUGCAAGUUUAAAGAGAUUAAGGUGUGGGAAUUUGUUUGCAAGUUUAAUAAUAAGUGUUAUGUGUGUUUGUGGCUUUAGUAAUCACUCAGUAAUAAAUAACUUUAUUCUGAGUUCUUUUGCCGAGUCUCUUCAACUUAGGGUAAAAAGACACCAGUGUUUUUCUUGUUAUAUCAAGAAAAUGGUGGCAACUAGUAAGAAUAUAAUAUAACUCUGUAAUUUGUGAUGUUACUUUUGUACCUUUCUUCUUGA